UCGUUAGUUUUAAAAAUGUCCAAGUUUGCAUACCCAGAAGAUUCUGAGAAAGUGGAGAAGAUCUCAAAAGAGACUCCAAAGAAGCAGAUAUCCUCUCAAAGCGAAAAUCCUUACUUAAAUCCAAGGCUGACCAGGAAGUAUUCCUACACUGAAGCUCAUACUAAAUAAACAAAUUGAGAAAAAAACUAGCAAGGCUAGAAGGCAAAGUGGGAAGAGAAUACCUUAAAAACGCAGGAAGCGUCACAAGAAAGUCUCAGAAAUCACGUGUCCCACAGGACGGAGAUGAUUCAAGAGGACAUGAGUGGCCAAACAGCAAAUCAUCUAUAAGUCUUGGAUGUGUGAAUGCUACAAUGUCAAAUGCUGCGAAUAUGAUGAUGUCUACUCAGCCAAGGCUGAGUCAUCUUUAUCAGAUGUCUACACGCAAGUUUGCUCCGAAUCAGACUUCCAGUCAAUUCUUGUCAAAGUUUGAUAGUAGUAAAGAAACUGAGUUUAGAUCCCAAAAUUCCAUCGCAUUUUCGCCAAAUAGGAAUGAGGGUACUUCGGAGAAAUACUCAACUAAUGAGAAGAAGAGGAAGAGCAGCAAGAAGAAAACCAGUAAGCACAAGCGAUCCUCGCUAAUCCGUAAUAAAGAUUAUACUAUGGUUGGGGAUAACAAAUCUAGCUUCCUAGCUACAGGCAGGAAGUCUCCUUCCUCCUUCUGUUUUAGUAACAAAAAGGAAGAACCAGUAGUUGAUAUGAGAGUGGUCAAUUUAGACAAUGAAGCCUCUCAAAAAUCAAUUCUGAAUCUGCAAGAAAUUCAGCAGAAUUAUAAAACCAGCAAGGAACUCCUACAAGAGUGAAUGAAGAACUAUUUUGUUGUUAUUGAGUUCCUUAACACUCUCACAACCAUCAAGAGUGAGAGGUCGCAUCAGAUAUCUCUUCUCGAAGACGAGUCUAUAGCUCCUCACAUCGUUAACCUCAAGAACCUAAGUAUGGACAUCGAUGGAAUCCAGAGCCAGAUCCAAGCGUUUGAGGCUAGUCUUCAAGCCAUUGAAAAAGCUUCCAAACCCAAGAGCCAUACUAAGAAAAGAAAAUCAGCCGCGAACUCGCCAAACAUCUCAUGCCUCCGCUCUGUGGGCCAAUUCACUGAUGAAAGCCAGUACCUCAGAGAGAAAAUAGAACAUCUCGAGCAGAAAUGAGCCAAAAUGGAAAUUGAUCUCAAAUAGAGAGAAAGAACUGAGGCAUGUCAAAUAUUACAGAAAUGAUAAGAAAACAGCUGAAAUAAAGAAACUUUCCCAAGAAAAGGACGAUUUCAUGAACAAAUGAAGGAAAUACGAAACCAUGCUUCAGGAAAUUGAGCUUAAGAACAGGAAUAUCUUGGAUGAAAAUCAUAUUUUAAACGAAAGAGUCCAAGAUUUGGUAUCACAAUGUGACUCUAUGAAGAAAAAUCCUCCUAUGGACCAAUCAGAUUACCAGAAAAAGAUCAGAAGCUUGGAAGUUGAAAUUGACGAACUCAGAGAUCUGGUUAGCUCAUUUGAAGCUUCUGUCAAGAUUGGAGGCAGUCAAGAGGAUGCUAAAAUAUUGCUAGAGAAGCUCUCAGUCAUGCUGCUCUACAAAAAUGUAGACCAUACCUUCUUCUCUGAGAAUCAAAAAGAGCUGAUCCGAAACCUUUUCGGAGACUAUGCAACUGCUAUAUACAAAAAGAAGAUUACAGAGCUAAUUAAUUCAAAAGAGAAGCUUGAGAAGGAAAAGCAGAGUAUCCUGAAAGACUCCAAGGAGUGCUCAGAGAAGACUAUGUAUUACAUAAAAUCCUUCCUCAAAAUCCAUGAGAUUUUCCAAAAACAUAAGAGUUCUCUGUACAAGUAUUCCUUAAAGAACAUUUUGCCCUCAAAAGAUUCUCUGAUAGAUGAUAAAAUCGGAAUGAUUGAGAAGAUACAUGACCUAGAACAUGGUUCAAGCCAGAAGGGAGACGAUGGGUGAGGCCUAAACUCAAUAUUGAGCUUAUCUUCUCAAAAUAAAAUUUACACAAAAUCAAGCCUCAACAAGACUACUAAUGUCAGUGGGCUUUUGUCGCAUGGCCAGACAAGAGGCCAGAAGAGAGGGAGUCAAGACUUCCUAAUGCAGACAUGAUGAAAUUUCAAAAAUGGCUCCAAAUUCAACUUAAUUGACCAAGAAGAGAGUAGUUUAAAUAAUAGCCAAGAAAAAGAGAACCUAAUCCUCGAUUUCUAA